GUGAGAGAUGUAGAUUGCACUCUACCAAACAAGGUACAGUACAAUCCUCCAACAACCUCCAUGGAUGAAAGUUUCCGAGCCCGAGUGGACAAGGUGUUCGGAUCGCUAGCUUCUGAUCGGUCCUCAUCUUCGUCUCUGCAGCCGUCUCCCUGGUCCAUCACCGGCGAUGAGGUCGAGCGUAAAGAGUGGAGGCGCUGUGCGGAUACCUCCGGCAGAGACGAAAUGCCUUGUUCUUCGUCUUUUGAUGAGUUCUUGAAGAAAGAUCGGGGAACUUCGCGCCGAAGAAAUUUCGACGACAAUCGGGAGGGAAUCGACGACGCUGAUGAGAACGGCGCUGAAAAAUCGGAUGUUCGUCAAGAAGAAUGGAAUAUCAGAUCCUCUAUUGGCAUGGACCGAACUCUCGAUUACGAGGAAGAGGAAGAUGAGUUUGACAAAGUAGCUUCAGGAAGAGAAAGUGUUGGGGAUCGCUUGUAUAUGAGGGAUGUUACUGAAACUGGGUCUUAUUUGAAUUCCAACAAUGUGCUUGGUAACAAAAAGGACCCACGAGCCAAUCACCUAGCUGCCAAGUUUAGGCUGAAAGAAGAUGAAGCUGAAACUGGAACUGAAACCAAAAAGCUCAGUUCUAGUGUGGCUUCUGCUGCAGAUAUGGAGGCCACAGACGCAGAUGCAAAGGGCAGCAAAAUUGAAGCUCGGCCGAAGCCUAUUUUGAAAAGAAAAGACAACGAGGAAGUUUUGAAGUCACGGAAACGGGUCAGGUUCGACGUUGGUCUGGAAAAUGAUUGCGAAGAAGAGUCAUUUCCCAAGAAUGCAGCAGUGUCAGAUUGUGAAACUCUAGUGGGCAACAACAACAACAAGCCUUGUGGAGUGCCUGACUAUUUAGUAAACCCUUCCAAGUACAGAUGUUACAGCUUUGUUUCAACGAGUGAAGUUAAUGAUGAUAGCGAGGUUAAAAGUUUGAAUAGAGAAUCAGGGUCAGAUAUGGAGAAUGCUACUGUUCCUGACCUUCCAAAGUCUGUGACCUUUAUUCCGAAGAAAAAAAAGACUAGUAGUGAAGUAGUAAAUGACAACAAUGAAGUGAAACAAUACAAGGAAGGUGACAAACAAGCGGACUGCCCGGUUGGCAUUGCGAUAGCAGAAGUCCAAGGUGAAAUCAGUGGAGUCGAGGAUGAUGAUGAUGAGACUGAAAUAAAGGCUGCGGAAGGGGGCACUGCAAUCCAAAACGCGGGUCGGAGGUAUCGAACAAUGUCAAGGUCAGAUGACUCUGAUACUUGAAAAUAAAAACACCUUGCUUGGUGAAUGAAGCAUGUUAGAUUUUGUUGCUCAGCAACCCUUUUUCCAUGUUAUAUUUAACAAUGUCAUGUCAACAAGUCUUUAUUCAUGGAUCAUCAAACGGUUAUGUACAAGAAUGCCUGUCUCUUGAUCCAAUUUUUGAAAUAUUUGAGUGUGUAUAUUUCUUUACUUGUUAAAUCUGGUGGCAAUAAUGACUCGAUCGCUCUAGUGCUACUGUUCUUAGA